AUGGCAAAUUUGCGCCCUAGAAGACCUUUAAGGGUUCCAUGUCUUACUCGUAAACAAAUUGCUGCACAUCUCCAGUGGGCUAGAGAACAUCAGGAGUGGCUUUUACCACAGUGGCGAAAUGUGGUAUUUACAGAUGAGGUUAGGUUUGGACUGAUCCAGGGGACAAUGACUGCAGAAAUGUAUGAAGAAAAUGUCAUACAACCCAUUAUUCAACCUUUGCGACAUGAAUUCGGUAACAACUUCAUUUGUAUGAAUGAUAAUGCAAGGCCACAUAGAGCGACAAGAGUCCAGCGGGCUCUAGAAAGGGGCCAAAUAGUGAGAUUGCCGUAG